AUGACGUAUAGCUCCUAAUGACGAUUUAAAGCUGUGCCUACAGGAAAUACUUGUCCUUAUAUUUGCUUUGAAAUUUGCUCGCAUUCAGCACAGGUGAGAUGACUAACCGGACAGCGUAUUUCUAUGAUCCAGACGUUGGAAACUUUCACUAUGGUGCUGGACACCCAAUGAAGCCCCAUAGGUUGUCCCUAACUCACAGUCUUGUCUUGCAUUAUGGCCUUUACAAGAAGAUGAUGGUUUUCAAACCAUACAAGGCCUCACAACAUGAUAUGUGUCGUUUUCACUCAGAAGAUUACAUAGAUUUUUUGCAGAAGGUCAGCCCAAACAACAUGCAGGGCUUUACAAAGAGCCUUAACACCUUCAAUGUAGGCGAUGAUUGUCCUGUCUUUCCGGGACUGUUUGAGUUUUGCUCCAGAUACACUGGUGCCUCAUUACAAGGAGCAACUCAAUUGAACCAUAAGAUUUGUGACAUUGCGAUCAACUGGGCUGGAGGCUUACACCAUGCAAAAAAGUUUGAGGCUUCUGGAUUUUGUUACGUGAAUGACAUUGUAAUUAGUAUACUUGAACUGCUUAAGUACCACCCACGUGUGCUAUACAUUGACAUUGACAUUCAUCAUGGUGAUGGGGUGCAGGAAGCUUUUUAUCUUACAGAUCGAGUCAUGACCGUGUCCUUCCAUAAAUAUGGAAACUAUUUUUUUCCAGGAACAGGUGACAUGUAUGAAGUUGGGGCUGAGAGUGGCCGCUACUACUGCCUGAACGUGCCUCUGCGUGAUGGAAUUGAUGACCAGAGUUACAGACAGUUGUUUCAGCCAGUGAUCAAGCAAGUGGUGGACUUCUACCAGCCAACCUGUAUUGUGCUUCAGUGUGGAGCAGACUCGCUGGGCUGUGACAGACUUGGGUGCUUUAAUCUCAGUAUACGAGGUCAUGGGGAAUGUGUGGAGUUUGUGAAAAGUUUCAAGAUCCCACUACUUGUGCUGGGAGGAGGAGGAUAUACUGUCCGCAAUGUGGCUAGAUGUUGGACAUAUGAAACAUCUUUGCUAGUUGAAGAGUCCAUUAGUGAUGAGCUACCCUAUAGUGAGUACUUUGAGUAUUUUGCUCCCGAUUUUACACUUCAUCCAGAUGUUAGCACUAGGAUUGAGAACCAGAACUCCAGACAGUACUUGGAACAAAUUCGUCAGACUGUCUUUGAGAACUUAAAAAUGCUGAACCAUGCACCUAGUGUUCAGAUCCAUGAUGUUCCCUCAGACCUGCUGAGUUAUGAGCGCACAGAUGAUGCUGAUCCUGAUGAGAGAGGUUCAGAGGAGAACUAUUCCAGGCCUGAGGCAUCAAAUGAAUUUUAUGAUGGCGACCAUGACAAUGACAAGGAGAGUGAUGUGGAAAUCUGAACUCCAUCCUGAAGACAAUAAAGAAAAAUCACUUUAUUGUUGUUUGUUAAAAAAGACUGUUCUGUAAAUACUGUAACAUUGGAGAAUAGCCAAUUUUUUGUUAAAAUACUUGUUCAUACAUUUAGAAUGUUUAGCUUUUUUUUCCGAUUUGCCAAUUCCCCUGUGUGCCAAGAUUUACCACUAAUUUUUUCAUAUGUUAAUUUUGCUGGGUUUAAACACUAUAUAAUCUGAAACUAGGCAUGAAAGUCAUAUCUUUCAAAAUCAAACAGGCCUGGCUUCACAAAGCAGCAAUAACAUGUACACAAAACAUUUGAGUACUGUAAUAUGUGUUUAAAUAUCACAGAAAUAAUACAUAAAAUAAGUAUACUAAAAUAUGAAAAAAAUGUGGUUAUUCCAGAAUGUUUCCAAAAUGGGCAUUUUCUGUUUACUAGUCUUUAGUGGUGGAAUUAAGAUGGCUAAACUCAGUGGAAUGGAAGUCCAGUGAGGCCAUGAAUAUUUUUGUGUGUGUGCUUUCCAUUAAUAAUUAAACCUCAUAAUUUGUGAA